AGACAAACCAACGUCCCCUGCAUUAUUAAUCAUUGCUCCGUCUAUAAAGUAUGUGAGGCUGCGUUUCACGCCGUAGGUCCGAAGAGGAUCGACCGGGAUCUUCUUCGAAGUACCUCGCUGCGUUCGACCUGAGUCCGGGAUCUAGAUCGACUGCUAUACUUGGAUUGUCACGAUCGCAUUCUUUGGUUUUCACCAAGCUCAAUCUGAGAAGAUUUUGAUCAACCAGCCGCUGAACAUACGGCUGGAUCGACCAUGGCGUCGACAGAUGCAGACUACAUUAUCGCAGGAGGAGGGCUGACCGGGUGCGUGGUCGCAUCACGUCUCAAGAAACACAACCCAGCUCUCAAAGUCCUCAUCCUUGAGGCAGGAAUUGACCCCUCAUGCAACCCGAACACCGAAUCAUUCCCGGGACUUUUCUCCCUCCUUGGCUCGGAACUGGACUGGACGUAUCCAACCACACCUCAAGAAAACACCGACGGCCGAUCUCACUCGGUCCAUGCCGGAAAGGCCCUGGGAGGAGGCAGCGUGAUCAACUUCGGUGGCUGGACCCGUGGAGAUGCGGCCGACUACGAUCAAUGGGCUAGAAUGGUGGGAGAUCAGCGGUGGAGCUACGAAGGACUGCUGCCGUUCUUUCGCCGGUCCGAGACGUUUUUCGACGCGAAGGCAGAUCCCAAACAGCAUGGGUUUGAUGGGCCGAUCAGCAUAACUGCGGUGUCUGCGAGUGACGAGAAGAGGAAGUAUCCGCUUCGAGAGCCGAUCAAGGAUGCAUUUGCGGAAAUCGGGGUGCCGUUCAAUCCGGAUGGCUGCUCUGGUAACUUGGCAGGGAUCUCUGAGUUCUUGGAGACCUGGAAGGAUGGAAAGCGCCAAGCGGCUCAUCAAGCGUACAGUCUCGAAGGUGUGGAGGUCAUCACUGAGGCCGUCGUUCAUCGGGUGGAGUUUGCGGAAAGCGAUCCCAGUGGAAAGAAGAUCGCUUCGGCGGUUCUUCUCGCGGAUGGGCGCCGAUUUACAGCGCGCAAAGAGGUUAUCCUGGCCACCGGUACGCUGCGUACUCCCCAGAUCUUGAUGCUCUCAGGAGUUGGACCCGCCGAAACGCUGUCUAAACAUGGCAUUCCGACUGUAAUCGAUGUGCCCGAAGUUGGCAAGGGCCUGACAGACCAUUUUUCGCUAUUUCAGCUUUUCAAACUACGGAACCCGGAGCGUGGUCUUGCGCUAGGAAGUCCGCUUCUAUCAGACCCAGCGUUUAUGAAAGGCUUCCCCGCAGACUGGACUAUUAAUCAGGAUGUUCCAGCGCGUAUCCUCGAGGAAGCGGUGCGCAAGGACGAUGCCAAAUUUAGUUCGACAACCGACGCCUCUCUUCUGGCCCCUGGUCGGCCUCUGGUCGAGACAUUGAUUGUUUAUGCCCCUGCCGGCGUCCCCGACGUGCCCAUGGAUGGCAGCUUCAUUGUGAGCUCCGUGAUGUUGCUGGGGUCAACGUCCCGAGGAACCGUUAGCGUCAGCUCGUCAUCCCCCACGGACAAUCCUGUGGUGAAUUCCAAUUACUUUGACACGGAGGCCGAUCGUGUUACUCUUGUUCACGGGGUUCGCCGCACUUUACAAGCGUUGCUGGGUACAACCGCACUGAAAGAUUACAUCGAGGCCGAGGUACCCCCGCCCGGAAUGCCUGCUCUAUCACCGCGAUCCUCCGAUGCCGAGUUAGAGGCCCGUAUCAGGGCCGCUGGCGUUGCUCACUAUCAUCCUUCGGGCACAACUGCCAUGGGCAAGGUUGUGGAUCCAGACCUCCGUGUUUACGGCGUCGGAGAUCUUCGGAUUGUCGAUGCCAGCAUCUUUCCGGUGAGCAUCGGCGGUCACCCGCAGGCGACCCUGUACGCAGUUGCAGAACAAGCGGCAGAGAUCAUCCUUCAAGACCGGCUGUAGACUAACUCAGAAACUGAAGAGAAAUACAGUAUGGCAGCCUAUUUGUCGUGUAAUUUAAUUAAUAAAUCAUGUCUUAGAUUGAAACAUCUGCUUCCAGCGUCCUGGCUCUCCAUACCUACCUCAGUAUUACCAGAAUUUACCGGUCUGCUGCAUGGAUAUGGGUCAUUCCAGCUUAUUUGACUCGACACAGUCUCGUGCAUAUCUCCGAGAAAGAGAAUAGCAUACAAGGUCCAUUUAUAAAUGAACGCUAAUGCAC